AUGACCAGCACCUUGCAGACACUGCUACAAACAGCAGACGAUAUUCUCAAGAUCUGCGACCAGACAGGUGACUCUCGUCCUCUUCGUGUCGGAGGCCUCCGGCCCCAACUGGCAGUGCCUCUUCGUCAAUUUCUCAUUCCGACCCAAUUAGAGGAGGCGCUACCUCAAGAGACCUCAGAACAGCUGUGGCAGGGACUGCAACGUUCGAUCAACAGCCGUCGCCAAGAGACUUUAGCGUUUUUCGAAUCUACAAUAUCAUCAUUCCGAUCUUUGGAAAGAUUUGGAGAGACCAAAGAUGUCGAGGUGGAAGCUCAGGUCUGCCAGAUUUUCGAACAUCAAUUUCGCUCGUAUGUGAAAGAAGCACAGGAGUUGGUUCUCCAGACGGUCGUGCAACAUCGAAGAAGAGAACAAACAGAAUUCUCCAAGAGAUCGACUUGUUUCAAUAUACAAACAAUAUCUGUGUUGGAAGCAGCCUAUUCUCGUACCAAGAUCCUGUCGACCGCUGAAACAGCGAUAAUAGCAGAAGCAGCUAGGAUAACACCUCAUCAAGUACGGACCUGGUUCCAGAACAAACGUAACCGAGGAUCAAAACGAAAUCCAUCUUCAUCAGCUAAUCGACCCAUCCAAUCCCUACCCAAACGAGCUCAACAGAUCAAAGUUGAAACCUUCCCUUUCUCCUCAUCACCUGCACCUGUCAAACGACAAGUCAGAGGAUUGCCCAAGAGAGCUCAAGCUCAAGUAUCUCACAAUGCACCAAAUUCGUCCAUUCUCGACUCAUCACUCGGCAACUUACCCUUCUCCGACGAAUCAUCCUCUAUCGGCAACGGUCAACCCUCAAGUGGAGAGCGGAUGAACCGAUCACCAUCCUUGACAUCGACUAUAUCCAAUUCAAGUGAAAUUCCAAAUGGCGGAUUCAUCUCUCCCUUCGAUGUUCAGAAUAUCCCCCAGAUAUCUAUCGAGUGGGGGACGGGUACGUUAAACGUCCCGGUAGAUGUUUUGGAAGGUGGUAAAUUACCUGUGUUCAAUUUUACUCCACCCUCCCCACUCAAUCUCAACUUCAAUCCGGUGUUCCACCCAAACUCUACCCCUAGCAAUAACAAUCAUAUGAACAGUAUGUCUGAUGGACAAGUGUACGAUACACCCACAACUACAGCAUCAUCGUUCAACCCAUUCGCUCCACAGCCAAAUCUCGACCUCGCAGGAGGACUAGAAUCGAUCGAAUCCCUUCUCUCGUCAGCUUUGUUAGACCCAUCCUCAUUCGAGCAAUUUUCCACUCUUGCUGCCUCGCCUCAGAUCUCACUUGAUUCACUCUCGCCUAGAUCAGAUACUCUGGAAUCUAUUCCAUCGAUCGUUUCUGCUUCCGGAUCAAAUAUCGGUAGUCCAUCUUGGUUAGCUGGAAAUGGAGAAGAAGGUUUAGAUGGAGGGUUCUUCGAAGCGUUAGAAGGAUUGUUAGCUUCUCAGAAUAAUGGUGAAGGAGGAUUAGGAAGUCCAUUCUCCGAAAGUGUAUAUGGUGAAAAUACUGAAAGGAAAGCUUCAACCUCAAGCCAAGUCAGUGGAAUCAUCUCAGCUGAAGAAGGUAUCGAUCUUUCUUAUAUCGCUGGUAUACCAUUACCUUUUUCUCCAACCAGAGGAUCAUUCGACUUGUCGGAAUCUGAUAAUAUCGCUGAACCGACAUUCUCUCAUGACAGACACACCUCAUUAAUCAACGAUAAUAUCUCAUCCUCAUUUACCGAAAAUGACUUCCUUACCCAACCUCCGUCCGGCAUGUGUACACCCUCAUCAACCACAUCUGUCUACCCUCUGAUCACUCCCACUACUGCAUCAGGAACAACUCAAGAACCAUCAGUGGAGGUAGACCAGAAUCAGUGGAACUGGAUGAGUGGGAUAUUGCCAUUUGAUGAGCUGGGUAUGGAAGUGGAGAUGAUGGAGUAUGGGAACGAUACGAAGGUUGAUGGAGAGCAGGGCUGGAUGAUGGGUUCAAACAACGAAGAGGGUAUGAUGACUUCGUAA